AUGUUUGGGGAAAAAUUCGACAUAUCAUUUGCUGAUUCUUCGUUAAAUACAAUUGAAUUAACAAAGGCGAGUAAGCAUCGUAAUGAAAGCGGAAUGCAUUGGUUGAUCACUGCAUGUUUUGUAGUUGGCGAACUUGCAGGUGCAGGCAUUGUUGCUAUGCCUACAGCUAUGGCGCAGACAGAUUUCUACGUCGGAUUGGCUUUGAAUAUUAUCUUGUUAAGUGCAGUGGCAUACACCGGACAUUUACUAGGUAUUAGUUGGUCCAUAUUGCAACGAAGGUGGCCGGAAUAUCGCGAACAUUGCAGGAAUCCUUAUUCGGAAAUGGGCGGUCGAGCUAUUGGACCUAGUCUAAAGCAUUUAGUUUCAAUUUGCAUCAAUUUAACCCAGUUCAGUGCAUCGGUUGUAUUACUUUUGCUCGCCUCAAAAAAUAUUCAUGAUUUCAUACAAGCAUUCUUCACCAUUGAUAUUUCCCUUUGUUAUCUCAUUUUAAUCGUUGGAAUAUGCCUUCUUCCACUUACUUUUCUCAAAUCACCUCAAGAUUUCUGGUGGGCAGUGGUAAUUGCAAUGUUUUCAACUACAUGCGCUGUAAUUUUACUUUUGGUAGGAAUGGCAUUAGAUUACAGAAUCUGCGCACCUCAUCAGAGUUUUAAUAAAAAAUUGGUCGCUACAAAUUAUUUCCUUGGUUUCGGCACAUUCAUUUUCGCAUACAGUGGUCAUGCUGCUUUCCCAACUAUCAUUCACGACAUGCAUAAGCCUUACCACUUUACCAGAUCAUCCAUUGCUGCUUACGCAAGUAUGAUUUUGUUUUAUUUCAAGGAUUUCAAGGAUAUUUUUCAUUUGAGACUGUGUGACGAACAAGGUAUAAAUCGAUUUUCAAAUACGAUUGCAGUAAUUUUGGUACUUUAUGGACCAGUUUGUAUAUUGGGAUUUCUAACAUAUGGCAAUUCUCUGCGAGAUUCAGUAAUCAAUUCUAUACAAACAGUUACAUUACAACAACCAGCCAAUAUUCUUAUCGGAAUACAUUGUAUAUUAACCUUGACGAUAAUUUUCAAUCCACUUAAUCAAGAAGUUGAAGAGCGCUUUAACGUUCCUCAUAGAUUUUGUUGGCAACGAAUAGUGGUCCGCACUGCAAUAAUGGUUAUAGUAAUAUUCAUAGCAGAAACUCUACCGGUUUUUGGACCACUAAUGGAUCUGAUUGGUGGUUCGACACUAACUCUGACUUCGCUGGUCUUUCCCUGUUUAUUUUAUCUAUAUCUCUCUGCUGCAGAUGAAAAAGCUCGCGAAAUGGGAAAAAAAGUGAUAGAGGGGCCAUUGACUCUAUAUGAGUAA